CACACGCAGAGGUAGUCGCCAUGCCUCAGAACGAGUACAUCGAGCGCUUUACGAAGCAGCACGGAAAGCGCUUCGAUCACGAUGAGCGCCAACGCAAGAAGAUCGCUCGUGAAGGACACAAUGCAUCCAAGAAGGCGCAAAACUUCCGUGGUCUGAGGGCCAAGUUGUACGCCGAGAAGCGCAGGAAGGAGAAGAUUCAGAUGAAGCAGAAGAUCCGCGCACACGAGGAGCGCAACGUCAAAUCCAACGAAGCACCCGAGCCAGCUACCGACGCGCUCCCCGCAUACCUGCUGGACCGCAGCAACGAGAAGAAUGCCAAGGCUCUCUCUUCCGCCAUCAAGCAGAAGCGUAAUGAAAAGGCAGCCCGGUUCUCGGUUCCCCUGCCCAAGGUCAAGGGUAUUUCCGAGGAGGAAAUGUUCUCGGUUGUCAAGACGGGAAAGAAGACGAAGAAGAAGAGCUGGAAGCGUAUGAUCACCAAGCCUACCUUCGUCGGUCCUGGCUUCACGCGUAGACCCGUCAAGUACGAGCGCUUCAUCAGGCCUAUGGGAUUGCGUUACAAGAAGGCCAACGUGACACAUCCUGAACUGAACGUUACGGUCCAGUUGCCCAUCAUCUCCGUAAAGAAGAACCCUCAGCAACCCAUGUACACGCAGCUGGGUGUUCUAACCAAGGGUACCAUCAUCGAAGUAAACGUCUCGGAACUUGGUCUCGUAACUGCUGGAGGAAAGGUCGUCUGGGGUCGCUAUGCACAAAUCACCAACAACCCCGAGAACGACGGUUGCUUGAACGCCGUUCUCCUCGUCUAAGCUUCUGGAAAAAAUUGCAUUUGACGGCGUUAAUUGGUCAUCUGAAUAUUCCAUUCCGAAGGCGUUGCGGCGAUUACGAGCAUGAGAUUGGGAUUUGCUAGGCAGGAAAGAAGGGCGGCUAGCCGAUGAUGCAACUGUGCCUUUUAUGUUGGACAGAUAUGGAAUGUAACCAAAAAGAAUAAUGAUACCACAUCGACCAACAUGCCAUGAGUUCCCAUCAUUCCUGCUUAUAGAGUAUCACGGUGCACCAAAGGAAAAAAGAGUCCGUUGCAACAUGAAUCAGAUAGUCAUGCAGAA